AUGCGUUUCUCGAUUGUCGCCGCUGCUUUCUUCUCCUCCCUCGUCCUUGCGGUCCCAAGCCAAAAAGGGUUUGAAGUAGUUAUUCACUACGUCAAUGCCCCUGACUGCGAUGCACAGUGCGGCGCAAACACUACCUCUAUCGAACCCACAUCGACAUCGAGUACGAGCACUACUUCUGAGGAACAAACCACCACUUACACCUCUACAUCUACCAAGUAUGUUAUUGUAACAUUACAAACUGGUUACGGUUCAACCGAGACAUUGGGCUACGAGACUGCUACCACCGUCCCGACACCAUACGAAACCGCAGCGCCAGAGCCAGAGCCUACUUAUUAG